UUUUCUCCAAUUAUUGAACGAAAACUGUAAAAAAUACAAAACAAUCUUCAGGUUUUCAACUUCCUGAUGGUCCUUGAACUAAUCAUCUUGGACAAAAAAUUAACAAAUCCAACCUUACAAUCUUGAUAUUUCAUUAAAAUCAGUUUAUCAUUAUAAAAAAAAUAGCCAAAAAUAAAUCUUUUGCUGGAACCAGAUUCAGUAAAAAACAAAAAAAAUCUGCACUCCUCAGUGCUACUAAAAAGUUUUGAACAACUCGCCUGUGACCAAGAUUCAUGUGACAAAAAAUCAGAGUUUUCAGGUGAACUGCAGGCAGUGUUUCCACAGAGCAGAUAUGAGACGACAAGACAGACUGAGAGGAAAAUCAAAUAAACUGGAUCAAUAAAGUAAAUGCAGCAUGCCUCAAAAACAGUGAGAGGAGGAAGUUGUUGGAAGAUCCAUUCAGCAUGGUGAAACAUCUUUCAACAGCUGAUGAGCUGAGCAGAGAGGAAAACUCUAGUAAAAAUGUAAAUCACAAAGAAUCUAAAGUAUGUAACGUCACCAUUUUAUUACAAUGAGGGUAUCGUGUAUUACAUCUUUAUGUCGUCGUUUUUGUGUCUGAUAUUUGUUUGGUGCCACGUUUAGUGAAAAAUGUGAACAACUCUGAUUCCAGUUUCUGAAGUGUCAGAAUUUGCAGAAUUUUGUUUUAAGUAUUUUUUCUGAUUUUCAUUGAUUUUGGAGUUUUACAUUGUAGCUCUUGACUCACAAAUAAUCGAUUAAUCAAGGAAGUAAUCUGCAAAUUAAUCAACAUGUUAAUCCUUAUUAAAGUUAACAUUUGCUUCAGUUCUAAACAAAAUGAUAAAGUUCACUUUGACGAGUUUGAUAAUCAGUAAAAUUAGUUUAACAUUUUAAUGUGACAGCUGGGGCUGCAGAGUGGUGUUGUUGUUAGCACUUUCACCUUGCAGCAAGAAGAUCCCUGGUUCAAAUCCCGGCCUGGGCCUGAGAUCUUUCUGCAUGGAGUCUGCAUGUUCUCCCUGUGCAUGCGUGGGUUUUCUCUGGGCACUCCGGCUUCCUCCCACAGUCCAAAAACAUGUACACAGAGAAGGAGGGUCUGAGGCUUGGUCUUGUUGGUUGGGUGAAGAACACCUACGGUGGGACGGUGGUCGGUCAGGUCCAGGGUCCAGCUGGGAUGGUGGAGGAGAUGAAGGUUUGGCUCAGCAAAGAGGGAAGCCCGAGCAGCCGGAUCACCAGAGCUUCAUUCACCAACCAGAGAUCCAUCGACAAGCUGGAGAUCUCCGGCUUCAAGACUCGCUUCUGACCAACUGAAACCGGAAACAUCUCCUCUGAGAGCUGCAGAUUCACGAUGUUUGGUUUUAUAUUAAGACUCUGGUGGAUUCUGUGAAUGAAAACAGUCAUAUUGAUGGUGUUUUAUUUUUAAAAGAAGUCAGAGCAUGGCUUCAUGUGUACAUCUGUAAACACUAAAAAACACUGAAACAGGCAAAGCUGCUGUUUGUCUCACCUAUAUGUGUUCAUUUUACAUCUCUUUUAGUUAAUUUGCAUCUUUUUGAAGUAGUUUUUUUUUCAGUUUUUGUCAUUUUGUAGCUCUGUAGUGGUUUUACAUCUUCUUGUGGCUGUUUUACUUUUUUUGGCAUUUUCCAUCUCGUUCAAAUAGUGUUUUGUGUCUGUUUUCAUCAUUUUGCAUCUCUUUCAUAGUGGUUUUGUGUCUUUCUGUAGAUGUUUUGUUUCUUUUAGUCUUUCUGCAUCUCUUCAUAGUUGUUUUGAAUCUUUCUGAAGAUGUUCUGUCUUUUUCCACCAUCGUAAAUCUCUUCGUUCUCUUUUUUCCCCGCAUCUUUCUAUAGCUGUUUUCAGUUCCUUCUAGUCAUUUUCUCUCUCAUGAUAGUUCUAUAUCUUUUUAAAGUAAUGUUUUGUGUCCAUUUUAAUCAACUUGCAACUCUCCACAGUGGUUUUGCAUCUUCGUGUAGCUGUUUUACUUUUUGAAGAUGUUCUGUGUCUUUUUCCACCAUUGUAAAUCCCUUUUGCAUCUUUUGUGGCUGUUUCACGUCUCUUUUGGUCAUUUUGCUUCUUGUCAGUCAUUGUCCAUCUUUUUGUUCUCAUUUUCUGUCGCUUAGUCAUUUUGCGUCUCAUUAUAGUUGUUUUGCGUCAUUUUGACAUUGUUCUGUUCUGCAUUGGGAGUGUUGUAGGAGCACUGGGAGCAGAGCAUUUGUGCACGGGGAGACUACUUUAAAGAGGAUGGUGGCCACAUUUUAAGGUUAACUACAGGGAAAAAUCUGUUUUUCUUGUGUUCUGUAGUUGUUAGAAACUCGAAAAAAGCUGUUAAUGUAUAAAAACAUUUAUUUCUGCCAUUGUUUAAGCCUCCUUAUUGGCACCUUAUUGGCUUUCAGAUUAAAACAGCCUGUCUGGAACAAGACUAGAACCAUUUUUGCAUCAUUCUGAGAUGAAAAACCAAAAGAAAUACUGUAAAGACUGAUUAAUUUGCUGAAAAGAGGCACAAUAUGACACCUUUAAGUCAGUUUUUGAUGCUAAAAAGUGGUGACUCAACUUUUUAAGCAAUUUUUAAGUUAAUUCCUCUUUAGAUCACUGUAUCGGGUUGCUGGUGUGAUCCCCUCUGUUGUUGCUAUAGGCUCUAACAGUAUCUCCAUAUGAGGUAAUCUAACAGCAGUGAUGUCGUUACAUAACAGUGAGUCACCUGACUUGAUUACCUGCCAUUUGAUCCAAUUAAAUCACAGCCAGAGAAUCUCUGAUCGGCUGCUAUGGUAUCGACAGAAGCCCUGACACAGCAAGAGGACAACAACGGCAGCAAAUGUGCAGCAAAAUCCUCUUUAAUCUGAAAUUAAGGCCUAAAAAUGAAGCUACUAGUAUGUAAAAUAGUCAUCAGAAGUAUGGAGAUGUAAAAAAAAAACAGCAUAUGAUAUUCUAAAAUGUCUUUCUGCUAGAAAAUAUGUAGCGUUGCCUUUAAAAAUAAAAGAAAACCUGCCGUGUGA